CAUUAUCAAUGUUAAGACGAGUAGGUCUUGAAAUAAUUUCGGCAUUCUGAAAAGAGAUGUUUGACAGUUAAUGCACGCAAAUUCAUUCUUAAAACGUCGGUCACUAACCACGGUUUAGAAAUGACUUAAGUUCCAAAUUUUUCGAGGAUAAAUGAUAAAAUUCUACAAUAUCAAUGAAAAGCAUAUUUAAAUUCAAUGUCUCACGUUUAUUAUAACGAGUUAUGGCUUAUCACGAGAAGUGACCUGGAAAAGCUGUUAGAACUCGAAAGAGAAUUGCAGGAAAGCGCACCGUUAAAAAAAAGAGCUGCUUUAAAUUCAGCGUUAUCUAUAUAUUUGAGAUAUCGUAAUAUUGUAAGAAGACUCCUCAUGUGUUACGAUCAAAUGAUCCAGACGCAGAAACGGGAAUUAAUUAAGAAGAUGUUAGAUUGUGCCAUCGGGCGUAUGCUAGAAUACAAAAAGGAAAUUGUGGCGCUGGAUUACACAGAUUAUCAAUGGCCUGACGAUAUUUUGAAUCAAAUGAAAUUCACGCCGGAUGACAUCGAGCUAUUUGCAUCAGUGUCUGGUCGAGAACGUAUAGAGGAACGCAGAAAGUUUAUUCAAGCGUUGGUGGAGAGUGCUCACAAAGUACCACACAUGAGAGAACGCCGUCUCUCACAGAUACAGAUUGAGAGUACACCCGAGGUGGAAGAUGAGACGUUGAAGAAACGUGCUGCUCGACGAAGAAUGCGCAUCGCACCGCCAUCGAAAGUAGAGUUAAUCCACGAAUCGCCAUUGGAAAAAGCUGCCCGAGAAGCAAAGCUUGCUGCUGAAAAAACUAUGCGUAACGCAAUGUUAUUGAUACAGAGUCAUGAGAGAGCCAGAAAGGGACGCAUCUACGGUGCAGAUGUGAAACAUAUAUAUGAUUACAACAAAAAAGUGAGAUCCGGAGAGAUAAUACCGAAAAAAAUAGAUCACGUCAGAUAUAUCAAGUCAGCAGUGACGAUACAACGUGCAUGGCGGCGUUAUGCCGCUAAAAAAGCUAUAAAAAAACGAAUUGCACGUCUCGAAGAAGCUUUGGGUAUGACGAUACCAAGCUGGCGAUGCAAUAAGACAAUCGCAAAGGACGAUGACAACUUUCAGCGACGACGUGCUCUGAUGCCCAUGUUCGAUGCACGCACGAAGAAGGCAAUCAGUGAUGAACGUACAAAGCUUCUGAAAAUAAGAGGUCCGGGAUUAAUGGAGGAUAUCACUGACGAAAUUCAUGAGUGGUUCGUCAUUUGGUACAACGCAUUAGGACAUUACGACGUGUUUCCAGCUGCGGAUUUGGGUGGCAGUGUACUGAUCGUAACCGGGCAGACCUUGACGCCAGAGGAAUAUUUAAUGGAAAAAUUAGAAAAAGAGAAAAAAGCCAAGGAAAGAAUGGGAUCAGUUCCCAAAGCUGAACCUAUCAAGAGCAAAGUUGCUGGUUGGAAAAUGCCGCAAACAGAUACUUUGUCCUGCUUGGAGGAAGCAAACAGCGAUCUCAUUCGAAACUGGAGCUUUCGUGACGAAAAAUAUUUGGAACAAGAAUAUUUGGAUCUAAUUACUGAGAAACUUUGUUAUGAGUUGCAGCUUGAAAUGAGAGAGAUAGUAGAUGAAUUGAUGAGGGCCGAACUGGAAUUACUAAACAAGGCAUUGUUGAAGGAUCACAAACAUGACAAGAAGAAAUUCACGAUUCCAACAACGGAUAAAAAAAGGAUCGACAGAAUUAAAACGAAGAAGAAAGACAUUUUGGAGGAUGUGGCCAUCGAGGAUCUCUUUAGCGAGCUUCUACAAGCUGAAAUUAUUAGGAAUUACCAAAUUAUUUUUUUACGCGAUUGGUUUGGCGAUCUGUCCUAUCAAAAUUACGAGGCACGUCGCGAGCUCCGGGAUCACAAGCAUCGACUCGGAGAAGUAAAGCAGCUCGUCUUAGAGUACUGCAUAUUGCCUUUAAUUUCCAAGGAGACACAUCAACUUGCACCGCUCGUGCGUUCUGUGUGCAUCUACGGAUUACCAGGAGCCGGAAAGACCUCGCUUGUGAAUGCCAUCUGCUCAGAGAUCGGCGCGUUACUUUUCGACGUAUCAGCACCUGUUUUAGCUAAUAAAUAUAUAGGCAAGGAAAAGCAACAGAGACUCAUCAAUAUCAUUUCUAAAGUGGCCCGUUUUUACGCACCUUCCGUCAUAUUUCUCGAUGCUGGCGAAAAACCCUGGCUGAAAAAUGUUCCACCAGAGGAAAGGUAUCUUCAACCCAAGCGAUUCGCCAACUAUUUUGUUAAACUAAUGAAAGACAUUAAACCAGGUGACCAGAUAUUAUUUCUCUCGCUGUCUGAAGAACCUCAUAAGGCAAUAGCCGCUUUCAUCAAGUUCCACGAUAAAUUUAUAAGGAUACCCACUACCGAUUACAACACACUUUACAUGUACUAUAAGAAUCUAUUAAUGAAAUAUCACGGCGUUGAUCGCAAUAUCGAUGUCUCCUGUUUGGCCAAAAUGUCUAUUGGGAUUCCUCUGAAUUUUAUCCGGCAAACCGUGGAGAAGGUGCUGUCGCUACGUCGAAGAAUUACUCUUAAAUCCAAUCCAUUGAAUCCGAUGGAAAUUAUGAAUGAGAUAUUGAUGUAUCAACAUCCUACGACGGGAAUGGUGGAGAAUCUUGAUAAAUUUGAAAGAAGCACCCCCCUUGGCAAAAAAAGAGCCAGUGUUUCGUAAAAAGAAAAUUCGCGAAAA